GGUAUUUGAACGGCGCUUCCGCCAUUUUCCCUGCGCCCGCACGGAGCGAGCAGCGGAGAGGCACGGCAGAGAGCAGCAUGGCCGCCCAGGGAGAGCCGCAAGUGCAGUUUAAGCUUGUUCUGGUUGGUGAUGGUGGCACUGGUAAAACAACAUUUGUAAAGCGUCACUUGACUGGUGAAUUUGAAAAGAAGUAUGUAGCAACACUGGGUGUUGAAGUUCAUCCUCUGGUGUUCCAUACUAACAGAGGCCCUAUUAAAUUUAAUGUAUGGGACACAGCUGGCCAGGAGAAGUUUGGUGGCCUGCGUGAUGGCUACUAUAUCCAAGCUCAGUGUGCCAUCAUCAUGUUUGAUGUAACAUCGAGAGUUACUUACAAGAAUGUACCUAAUUGGCAUAGAGAUCUGGUACGAGUAUGUGAAAAUAUCCCCAUAGUCUUGUGUGGCAACAAAGUGGAUAUUAAGGACAGAAAAGUCAAGGCAAAAUCCAUUGUGUUCCAUAGGAAGAAGAAUCUCCAGUAUUAUGACAUUUCAGCUAAGAGUAACUACAACUUUGAGAAGCCUUUCCUGUGGCUUGCUAGGAAGCUAAUUGGAGAUCCCAACUUGGAGUUUGUUGCCAUGCCUGCGCUUGCACCUCCUGAAGUUGUUAUGGACCCAGCACUGGCAGCACAGUAUGAGCAAGACUUACAGAUUGCUCAGACCACCGCACUGCCAGAUGAAGAUGAUGACCUGUGAGGGAUGAAGCUGGAGCCCAGCGUCAGAAGUCUAGUUUUAUAGGCAACUGUCCUGUGAUGUCGGUGAUGCAGCGUGUUUGCCACUUUAUUAUCUAGCUGAACAGAACAUGUGCUUAAUCUUUGGGAUGCUGAAAGAGAUGAAUGGGCUUCGGAGAGUGAAUGUGGCAGUUUAAAAAAAAAAACAAAACAAAAUGAAAAAAAAAAACCAAAACAAAAAAACCUUCAUAUUUUGGACCUGCAUAUUUAGCUGUUUUUUGGACUGCAAUUACUUCCCCUUUUGAGUUUCAAAUAUAAGAUUGCUGCAGUCACAUCAGAGUGUUAAGUGGAAAAUCUUGUUUCUGUCAUUCCCAUUCUUUUGUUUAGGUAAUAAAGUUGUAUUUCAAAUAUCUCCAA